AUGAGCCAGAACCCCUUCCCUCAAACCCACGCGGGCGCAUCCCGUAAUGCUGAACGGGACUCUGGGCAGCGUCAGUCGUCCCAGAUCGGAGCCCGUCCCAGUGACCAACGGCGACAAGAACCCGACCAGUAUUCCCAGGAACUGCCAGAACCUCUCGGAGACCCUGCUGCCUCUCUUCUGUCAAGGAUUGAGGAUAUAAUUGAAGGUAUUGUAGACAGGCUUCAGGAAAAUCGGCCUCUCUUGAUCCCCCUGCGAAGCCGUAGGACAGGCCGCGAAAGUGCCGUGCUGUUCCCAACCGCUUCAAAUGCCAGUGCCAGGAGAUUCAAUCUCUUUGAGAGGCAGAGCUAUGUUGACCAGAUCAUUGACGACAUUGCCUUUACUUUCGGUGUCAAUAGAGAUGCGUUGAAUAUAGUUGCUACCUCGAAAGGGCUUGUCGCUGGGGGCCCUUUUGGACGCGAAUCAGAUGACAUGUAUGCUGGAAUUCCAGACGCGGUUUCACUGGCGAGUUUCGAACUUCGCGGGAUUCAAUGGGUCAUGAUCGUAGAGAAGGAAGCGACAUUCCGCAGCCUGGUAGCAGCAAGAUAUUUUGAUCACUCCGCCGCAGGCCCGGGGCUAUUGAUCACAGCCAAGGGAUACCCAGAUCUAGCCACACGUCAAUUCCUACACGCAAUACACUCUCAAUAUCCUUUCAUCCCUCUGCACGGGCUUGUUGACUUUGAUCCUGACGGCGUCGGUAUCCUGAGAACCUACAAGCUUGGUAGUCGGUCCUUGCGACACGAAGGAAACGUCACAGCGCCAGGACUCCUCUGGUUAGGGGUCAAGAGCCACGAUAUGUUCCGUCAGGAAUUUGCCCUAAAAUCGCCAGUUCGCUCGCCUCAAGCCGGACUAGAAGGAGUAACUCCUCAAGUUCCUGUACGCAGUCAACAACCAUUAGACGAAUCUACGCGGCAUCUUCGAGCGGCCGCAAACGUUGCCGACAUUGAACGCCCCGGAUCUCUGGCGCAAUUAACGGAUAUCGACUACAAGACAAAUGCACUGACGCCGACCGACAGAAGGAAAACUUCAAGUCUCCUGCGAAUGGUUGAGGAGACAGCACCUUUGGAAGCGGAAGAGUUGGCCCUGUUGCGGGAGCUUCAGAUCAUGUUGAUGCUGAAUGUGAAGUUUGAGAUCCAAGCCAUCAGUGGUGAUGGGAACAUGACCAGGUGGUUAGAUGAGCGGCUCUCAUCGGGCAUGUUGUGA